CGAAGAAGAAGAGGAGGAGGCCAACAAGGGAGAGGAGAAGGUCCAGGAGGGAGAGCAAGACAACCUCGCACCAUCAUUACGGACGAGAUGCGAGCAACAGUCAUUGACCAUGUCAUUGUCCAUGGCAUGACAAUGGCUGAAGCAGGACUAAGAGUCCGUCCAAACCUGAGUAGGUUCACCGUGGCCACCAUUAUCAGGGCAUUCACACAACACAACAGAGUUGAAAGAAUGCCACAUAGAGGUGGGAGGGUUGCCAUAUUUACAGCGGCACAAGAAACCCUCAUUGUGGAUAUGGUUCGUGAGAACAACCUCAUCAGACUCCGGGAGAUCAGAGACAAAGUCAUUGCCGAUAAUGUGAACUUUGAGGGCAUUGAUGAUGUCAGCUUGGCCACAAUAGACCGAGUUCUCCGGCGCCAAAAGAUGCGGAUGAAACAAGUCUAUAGGGUUCCCUUUGAGUGAAACUCUGCACGACACAAAGACCUACGUUACGAGUAUGUGCAAGUAAGUAUACAUCCAUGUUCACAGUACAGUUAGUGAACAUACUGUGUUGCUCAGUGGCCUACAUUACUUCUGGACAAUACUAUGCUACCUGAUUGACUGUUGUUCUGAACACCUGUGCACUUUCACAUUUUCACAGAGGAUAUUACAGUUGGACGCGAUGGCCAGACCUCAUGAGUACCUCUUCCUGGAUGAGGCUGGCUUCAACCUGCAGAAACGAAGGCAAAGAGGCCGUAACAUCAUUGGCCAAAGAGCCAUCACUGAGGUUCCUGGCCAACGGGGGGGGGGGUAAUAUUACUCUUUGUGCGGCCAUGGGUUUGGAGGGGCUUGUCCACCGGCAGGCUGUCCUUGGGUCUUACAACACCCAACGUCUCCUAACCUUCCUAGAGGAGCUAAAAGAUAUCCUCCUGGACCGCCAACAACACCAUCCUGGGCCCGAACAUCACAUUUAUGUGAUCAUUUGGGACAAUGUACGCUUCCACAGAACAAACCAAAUCAGAGUGGUUCACCACCAACAGUAACCACUUUUUAAACGUCUGUCUGCCACCCUACUCCCCUUUCCUGAAUCCUAUAGAGGAGUUCUUCUCAUCGUGGAGAUGGCAGGUUUAUGACAGACAACCAUACACUAGAGAGAACCUCCUAAGGGCAAUGGAGCUGGCGUGUAUUGACAUCCCAGUGGAGAACUUCCAAGGAUGGAUCCGCCAUUCCAGGGCGUUUUUCCCGCGGUGCCUGGCAAGAGACAAUAUAGCCUGCUAUGAGUGAAGGCCAGUGAAGGUCGAGAAGACGUAAAACAGUUGCAACAACACGCAAUACUGACACCAGCAUGCAGUACCAGUGGGCUGAAGACGACUUUGAUCUGCCCUAUGGGGUCGGUCGACUGGGCCUCUCUGAGCCAGUUAGUGGUAGAAAGUACAUCAUGUACCACGGCACCACCAGGCAGAACGCUCAGUCCAUCCUGGCUACAGGCUUUUGGCAGUCUUCAUGUGGGAUGCUCGGCCGCGGCGUCUACCUCAGCAGAGACCUGGAGAAAGCUAGCCGCUAUCCCAUUGAUCACCCUGAGUCUGACAGGGUGGUUAUUAAGGUAACGGUCAACGUGGGGAAGGUGAUCGCCAUCAAUUAUCAAGGCCAUCCACUUCAGAAGACCUGGCAUGCCCAUGGCUAUGACACCGCCUGGGUGCCACCCGGGUGUGGGAUGGUGAGGAGCGGUUUAGAGGAGGAUUGUGUCUGGGAUCCCAAAAGAAUCCAGAUCAUUAAAACCAUCAAACCAAGCCCAUUGGUGUCUGGGGUACGUCAAGUGGGCCUCCCUGAGCCAGUAAAUGAUAAAAAGUACAUCAUGUACCAUGGAACCACGAGGCAGAAUGCUUACCUUAUCCAGGCCACAGGUUUUCGACAGUCUUCAGACGGGUUGCUCGGCCGCGGCGUCUACCUCAGCAGAGACCUGCAGAAAGCUCGCCGCUUUCCCCUUAAUCACCCUGAGUUUGACAAGGUCGUCAUUAAGGUCGUGGUCAACGUGGGGAAAGUGAUCACUAUUAAUUAUCAAGACCAUUCACGUCAGAAGACCUGGCAUGACUCUACAUACGGCCCGGCGUACGACACCGCCUGGGUGCCACCCAAGUGUGGAAUGGUGGAGAGCGGUUUGGAGGAGGAUUGUGUCUGGGAUCCCCAUCGAAUCAAGAUCAUAAGGAUCAUCGGACCACAACUAGUCCAAGCCUCCUAUGUAUAUGAUGCAUGGGGCUACGCACAUGCUAUUGCGUCCAGCAUGCAGUACCACUGGCCUCAAGAUGACUUUGAUUUGCCCUUUGGGGUAAAUCGACUGGACCUCCCUGAGCCAGUUAGUGAUAAAAAGUACAUCAUGUACCACGGCACCACCAGGCAGAACGCUCAGGCCAUCCAGGCCACAGGAUUUAAGCAGUCUGCAAACGGGAUGCUCGGCCGCGGGGUCUACCUCAGCAGAGACCUGCAGAAAGCUCGCCGCUAUCCCAUUGGUCACCCUGAGUAUGACAAGGUCGUCAUUAAGGUUGUGGUCAACGUGGGAAAAGUGAUCACUAUUAAUUAUCAAAACCAUCCACGUCAGAAGACUUGGCAUGACUCCAGAUAUGGCCCAGUGUUCGACACCGCCUGGGUGCCACCCGAGUGUGGAAUGGUGAACAGCGGUUUGGAGGAGAAUUGUGUCUGGGAUCCAGAGCAAAUCGAGAUUAUUAAUACCAUCAAACCACGUCCAGUCCGACCUUCCUAUCGAUACGGUGCACAGGGCUACAUUGAUACUGACACCAACAUGAGCCGGCAGUACAGAGGUCAAAAAUAUAUAAUGUACCAUGGGACCACCAGGGAGGCCGCUAAAGCCAUCAAGCACAAAGGUUUUAAUCGGUCUGCAGACGGGAUGCUCGGCAGCGGCGUCUACCUCAGCCGAGACCAGGAGAACGCUAACCGCUAUCCCAUUGGUCACCCUGAGUCUGACAGGGUCGUCAUUAUGGUUGAGGUCAAAGUGGGGAAAGUGAAAAGAAUUGAUUAUCAUGGCCAUCCACUUCAGUAUACCUGGCGUGACUAUGGCUACGACACCGCCUGGGUGCCACCCGGGUGUGGAAUGGUGGCGAACGGUUCGGAGGAAGAUUGUGUCUGGGAUCCCGAUCGCAUCAAGUACAUUAAAACAUUACAUAGCAGUGAUAUUGGCAUCAACUUGAACCAGGGGUACAGAGGUCAAAAAUACAUCAUGUACCAUGGGACCACCAGGGAGGCUGCUAAAGCCAUCAAGUACGAAGGUUUUCGUCAGUCUGCAGGCGGGAUGCUCGGCCGCGGCGUCUACCUCAGCCGAGACCAGGAGAAAGCUAGCCGCUAUCCCCAUAAUCACCCUGAGUAUGACAAGGUCGUCAUUAUGGUUGAGGUCCACGUGGGGAGAGUGAAAAAGAUCGAUUAUCAAGGCCAUCCACUUCAGUAUACCUGGUACUGCAACGGCUAUGACAGCGCCUGGGUGCCACCUGACUGUGGAAUGGUGAAGAGUGGUUUGGAGGAGGAUUGUGUCUGGGAUCCCAGUCGCAUCAAGUACAUUAAAACCAUACAACUACACAAAGAUGAAUAUAGAUGAGAGCAGUUGGUAUGA